GCGACCGUUGCGGGAGGGGGAGGGGACGCGGAACGUUAAUUCCGUUGGCCAGUCGCUCCUCGGUGAGGCGUAGAGGGGUAGACGGAUCCGCUCUCCUCCUUGCGGUCUGCUUCGUUUUUUCGGAUCUGUUGUUUGGCUUUCGGUACUCCAGGGGUUGGAAAAACUACACUAGGCAAAGAACUUGCAUCAAGAUCAGGACUGAAAUACAUUAAUGUGGGUGAUUUAGCUCGAGAAGUUUGAUCACCGGAUAUCAUGGAGUCUGGCAAGAUGGCUUCUCCCAAGAGCAUGCCGAAAGAUGCACAGAUGAUGGCACAAAUCCUGAAGGAUAUGGGGAUUACAGAAUAUGAACCAAGAGUUAUAAAUCAGAUGUUGGAAUUUGCCUUCCGCUAUGUGACCACAAUUCUAGAUGAUGCUAAAAUUUAUUCCAGCCAUGCUAAGAAAGCUACUGUUGAUGCAGAUGAUGUGCGAUUGGCAAUCCAAUGUCGAGCUGACCAGUCUUUUACCUCUCCUCCCCCGAGAGAUUUUUUAUUAGAUAUUGCAAGGCAAAGAAAUCAAACCCCUUUGCCAUUGAUCAAACCAUAUUCAGGUCCUAGAUUGCCUCCUGAUAGAUAUUGCUUAACAGCUCCAAACUAUAGGCUUAAGUCUUUACAGAAAAAAGCAUCUACUUCUGCAGGAAGAAUAACAGUUCCACGGUUAAGUGUUGGUUCAGUUACUAGCAGACCAAGUACUCCCACACUAGGCACACCAACCCCACAGACCAUGUCUGUUUCAACUAAAGUAGGGACUCCAAUGUCUCUAACAGGGCAAAGGUUUACAGUACAGAUGCCUGCUUCACAGUCCCCUGCUGUAAAAGCCUCAAUUCCUGCAACAUCAGCAGUUCAGAAUGUUCUGAUUAAUCCAUCAUUAAUUGGGUCCAAAAACAUUCUUAUUACCACUAAUAUGGUAUCACAAAAUACUGCCAAUGAAUCAUCAAAUGCAUUGAAAAGAAAACGUGAAGAUGAUGAUGAUGAUGACGAUGAUGAUGAUGACGACUAUGAUAAUUUGUAAUCUGGCUUUGAUGCAUGUAACCUGUAUACUUGGUCUUGAAUCCAUUGUACUGAAAUUAAAGAAGCAUGCUGAAUGUUUACAAGUUGUGUGUUAGAAAAUUUAAGUAGUAUUUAAUGAGUAAAUAGUUACUAUUCUUCUCAAUUGAAAUGUUGAAUUUUCUUUAAUAGGACCAGUAAUGGUUUUUCAUCAGCCUUUAUGUGUAAAAAAUAAAGUUGUUCAUUGAUUUGAUUGUU